AAGCACUUCCCGAGAAAAGGAAGACAGAGAAGGAAACUGCAGUGAAGUCGCCGGCGCCGCCGCGACAGGAGGAAGGAGCAGCAGCGGCAGGGGAGGCCCGGCGAUCUCUUCUGCUGCGUGCGGCGAGGGAGUAAAAGGAGCCGCGACAGGAUGCACUCCUUUGGGCACCGCGCCAACGCGGUGGCAACGUUCGCGGUCACCAUACUGGCCGCGAUUUGCUUCGCCGCCUCCUUCUCCGACAACUUCAACACCCCAACACCCACUGCCUCCGUUAAGAUCUUGAAUCUAAACUGGUUCCAGAAGGAGGCCAACGGCAACGACGAGGUUAGCAUGACGCUGAACAUUUCGGCCGACCUUUCGUCUCUUUUCACGUGGAACACAAAACAGGUGUUUGUUUUUGUGGCAGCAGAGUAUGAGACUCCACAGAAUGCUUUGAAUCAAGUUUCCCUUUGGGAUGGCAUUAUACCUGCAAAGGAGCAUGCCAAGUUUUUGAUCCAUACCACAAACAAGUACAGAUUUAUUGACCAGGGAAGCAAUCUAAAGGGCAAGGAAUUCAACUUGACAAUGCACUGGCACAUUAUGCCAAAGACUGGCAAAAUGUUUGCAGAUAAGAUAGUAAUGACAGGCUAUCGUCUCCCUGAGCUAUACAGAUAGUCAGAUAGAUCAUGGACAGGACUAAGUGGCCUGCAAGAAGUGUUAGUGGCAGUGGCAUAAUUGAUCCUGAGCGUUUUGUUCUAAUCUAAGUGGAGCAUGUAACCUUAUAAGCUUGUACUUAAGCUGAACCAGGCAAAACAAAGUUGUAAUUUGAGAGGAUAUGUAUGGUUCAAUUUUGAUUUGCCUA